UAGAGUGACGUAUUUCCUGUCCGUUUGUUGUUGCCUGGUUGCACAGAUAGCCCACAGACUGCCCACAGAUUUCUCGCCUUUCAUUCGUGACAUGGUGUAAAGCUGUCUAUAAAUCUAAGUACGGUGCUUUAAAGGAGGAGAACACGGAGCUGCUGGUGCUGUUUGAGGGGCUUUAACUGAGCUGUAACAUCUCAACCCUUCAUGUUUACCUGACAACUAACUGGAAGCAGGCAUGAGCAAAACGAAGAUGAGCAGGGAAAGACGGAGCAACCAGCCUGGAUUUGGAAGAGUGACGCGCAGCUCCGUUGGCUCUCAGGAAUCUGCUCCAUCCUCCUCUCAGCAGAGCAAACCCUCAGACGCGGUCCUACUUGAUGACCUGAGCCUCAUGAGAGUGAGCGAGCUGCAGGCCUUAUUAGCACGGAAAGGGAAGUCACCAAAAGCAGGCAUUGAUGUCAGUAAGAGCACAUCAGGUCGCUCAGUCCCACAGGGAGCUCUCGAGACUGUGGGCCGACUCAUGAAGCUGGGUCGCUUGCGUAACGUGGUAGUAGUGGCUGGCGCUGGAAUCAGCACAGCAAGUGGCAUACCAGACUUUAGAACACCAGGCACUGGCUUAUAUGCCAACCUGGAAAAGUACAACGUUCCCUACCCCGAAGCUGUCUUCAAUAUCGACUACUUCUCUGAUGACCCUCGUCCUUUCUUCUCGCUGGCCAAAGAGCUGUACCCUGGCAGACAUCGACCCAAUUACAUCCAUUACUUUAUCCGCAUGCUUCACCAGAAAGGUCUGCUCCUCCGCAUGUACACCCAGAAUAUCGAUGGCUUGGAGAAAAUGUGUGGUAUUCCCGAUGAUAAACUUGUGGAAGCUCAUGGAAGUUUUGCGACUGCCUCCUGCCACUUGUGCUAUACACCUUUUCCUGCUGAUGAUGCCAAGAAAGCUAUCAUGAGUGACAGCAUCCCCACGUGCUCGUUCUGCUCUGCCACAGUCAAGCCGAAUGUUGUGUUUUUCGGAGAGGAUCUCCCCGAAAAAUAUUUCCAACAUGAAACAGACUUCCCCAAGGCAGACCUGCUCAUCAUCAUGGGCACUUCUCUAAAGAUUGAGCCCUUCGCCAGCCUGGUGAACACAGUUAAGCCCAGAGUUCUACGUCUGCUGCUAAACCGACAUGCAGUGGGACCGUUUGAGCGGAAACCCCUGAGGAGAGGAGACUACGUGGAGCUGGGAGACCUGGUGGAUUUGGUCAGACGACUCGCUGAGAUUCUGGGCUGGCAGGCAGAGAUUCAACACCUGAUGAACAGCACUGAGAGCGGGGAUUUGCAGACCAUCCCCAUGGUCAUAUCUGCUCCUCACACGGCCUGCUCCUGCAGCAACAGUGAAGAGAGUGACUCGUCAGAGACGGACAGCAAGGGCACUUGACUUAUAAACUACUGUCACAUCCUGCCACAGACCUCCACUCUUACAACUCUGAUACAGGCCACAUUAUCCUUCUUUUUUAUUUAAGGUAAUAAUAUGUGGAUGUCUUUCUUGACAUGUCAGUGGCAUGUUUUUACCUGUGAACAUUUUAAUAGGAUAUUAAAGGACUAAUUAUUAAAAUAAAGUAUUUAAUUAUGUACAUUUGUGGAACAUUUCGCUAAUAAAGAGUUUUAAACCUGAUGAGACCUAAUUACAAGACAGAAAGUGGGUAUUCUGGUGGACAUAACCCACGACAUAGGCAUAUGUGUGUGUAUGCGCGUUGGGUCAAAGUGUACUCUGUGGAACUUGGAGCAGGUCCAGCUCUGAGAGGACAGUGCUAAAUUAGCAUGGGAGGCGUGACCUCCUGAGUGUGUAGUGUCCCGCUGUGUGUGUUUUCACAGGCACUGCAGUCUCCAAGCUGGGGCCUCCCUCCAAAACUCUAAUAAAUGUCUCUGCUUGGCAACAAAGAACCAA